CAGCAGCCGGGCGCCGCGCGCAAGGGAUCGAUACCAGUGUUGCCAGCCCACCCGCUCGGGCAAGCAUCAGUCAGCCCUCUGGGGUCGUCCGCAACAGCGCCUGCCGUACGCCGAUAGACGACGCACCAUCCUAAUGUCAGCCGAAGCAGCUCCUGUGUCGCCGGGCGGGACCGGCCUGGGCGCGGGAGACGAUGGGGCCAUCGUGGGCGGUCCGCGCACUCCGCAGCAGAUCGCCGCCCAGAAGCGACUGCAGCAGACGCAGGCCCAAGUGGACGAGGUGGUGGAUAUUAUGAAGACCAACGUAGAAAAAGUGCUCGAAAGAGAUCAGAAACUGUCGGAACUGGAUGACCGAGCAGAUGCGUUGCAACAAGGUGCUUCGCAGUUUGAACAGCAAGCCGGAAAACUAAAGAGGAAAUUUUGGCUUCAGAAUCUAAAGAUGAUGAUUAUAAUGGGAGUGAUCGGCCUUGUAGUACUUGCUAUCAUUGUAGUGAAGUUCAUGCCCGCAUCCACACCGCCGCCCCCGGUGACAUAUGCCAGGGACGCCGAGAGCUACGCGCAUGUGCCGGAGUUGGCAGCGCCGCCCCAGGCUGCCGCCGGUGGAACCGCGGCUCCGAAGUAAAACACAUUCAACACCAAAAGUUCAUUUUCCUCCAUACUCACUUCAUGCUGCAAAUAUUUCAGACACGUUCUUUCCGUUCACCCAUUACGCAACGGACAGGGAUUUUUUUUAUUUAAAAAAAUCUUGUUUCAUGCAGGAUAAAGCCUGAAAUGAUUAAAAAACUUAGGAUUGAAGUAGGAUGCUUAGUCUGUAUGGCGAAUUGUUUGUCGGUUACAUUUACUACAGGGGUGAUUUGUUUCUAAAAUAGCUCUUUUACGUUUCCUAAGUAUGGCCUUCCUGCAAACAUUUUUAAAGAGAUACUUAAAACUUAUAACAAAUGCUUGCUGUGAGGUUUUUUCACAAUUAUCAAAUCUGUUAGACUUCUAGAGAAAAAUGUUUAUAGUUGAUUUAGAAGAUAUUAAUAAUAAUUUUAUUAUAUAUAGUAAAACAUGUGUUGUAUGUACUUAUACUAUGAAAUAGCUAGGAAACAAAGCCUAAAUUUAUUUUGUAUUUUCCACAAAUCAUUGAAUUUAAUAUCCCAUUAUGUGUAUAAGAAUAAUAUUUGAGUUAUCUUUGUUUCAACAUAAUUUUUUUUUAUUUAUUGUAACUGAAAACCAUUUUAACAUUCAAUAUACAUAUAAUCGAAAUGUGUUAAUUUAAAGUAUGUAGGGGAGAGCAGGGUAAAGUGGCCAUCCUAAGAUAAAACGAUACAUAAAUUUUAUAUGGUAAUUAAAAUUGAAAUAUAAAAUAACCCUUCAUAUAAUAUAGUUUUCGUACAAUCAAAAAUAUAUUAAUUUCUUUAUGUCUUGCAAACCAUUAUUUUUUUAAUUAAAUUUUAAAUUUAAUCGUACCAAAUGGCCACUUUGCCCGCAUAUGUCGGGUCAAAUGGCCAGUCAAUGGCCAUUUUACCCGACAUAGGUAAAAAAUUAACACAACUCAUUAUAAUAAUAAAUAUAAAACCAAGGUGAGUAUAUCAAAUUUGUUAGCAAGUUCAGGAGAUAGACUUAAAAAAUUAAAUGUUUCCACAUUAUCUAAAUUAAAUAAAAUUACGAACUAAAAACCCAACAAAACGUCAUUAAUAAAAUAAUUGCAUUUACACUAUCUUAACAAACAGAGUGCUAAAUUUUAAGUGUCUUCAAAUAAAAUGUCUUGACUUUAUUAAAACAAAAAACAAUUAAAAAUUAAAACCUAACCUAUCAAACAUAACUUAAACAGUUUAGGGGCUACAGCCUUCACAUAAAAAGUCACCAUUUUCCUCUUCGCAGCAAGCACACUCUUCGUGAGCCCAGCGGUGACAUCCGGAAAACCUUAUCCACACUUCAUUUGUUUUUGAGUUUGAAUAUGCUUAUUCACAAUAUAAGCAGUCAGCGUCAUCGCUCUCACCAUCAUUCUCUUCGUUGAAAAGGCUUCGCCUACUGUUGGCAGGUUUUUUCAUCAUUUUAAUUCUAUUUUUUGGUGGGGGUUUGAGAUUGUUAAUGUUUUGUUUUGACUUUUGUUGCUUGUUUUAGUUCUCUUUUUGUUAUUUUGGCAUUCCCUUUUAGACUUCUCCUCCAAAAGUUCUCUCUUGUACGGACUCGAAGUAAGAAUCGCUGCUUUACCUUUCUUACGGUUAGUUUUGCGUUUGGUGAUGUUGGAUUUUGGCAAAGGUAAUAUAUCUCUUGGAGAUAUUGCAAAUGAUGUGCUUGGUUCAGAACCCGUCACUGGACUCUUAUAUAGACAUUUGCUAAUGUUUUUGGACUUUUCUCUCUUAGUUGAUCCAUCUUCACAGCCAACUUCUACAUCUUCAUCACCAGUAAUUGUAUCUUCACCGCCAUCAACUUUGUAUUCACCUACAGCAGGUGUACCUUCACCAACAUCAGCUGUAUCUUCACCAUCAGCAGCUGUACAUUCACCGUCAGUCAUCGUACCUUCACUACCAGCAGCUGUAUCAACUACACCACCCACUGUUACAUAUUUUCCUUGAGCUAUUUCUUCACCGCCAUCAGACAUUGCAUCAUCGUUACUGCCAACUUCUACAGGAUUAACAUUGGCCAAUAAAAUAUCCGUGGGUUCUGCAGUGAAAAAAUCUGAGUCGGAAAAUAUGUUAGGGUCCAGCGGAACAAUACCACAUUUCCGAAAACCAUUAAUAGCUAUAGCUGGCAAAGCUGCUCGUAAAAAUGCUUCUCCAAGCAGCUUUCUUACUUGGAACUGAGUACACGAAAACAACACACACACAUUGCCAUACACGUUAAACAUUUAUAGUGCAGAUGAAAAGAAUUAAAAUGUUCACUAGUUUCUUUAAUCAUUUAGGAAUACAUAAAUAGAGCUAAGUAUACAGUUCGGGCAAAGUUAACAUACGGUCGGGUAAAAUGGCCAUGUAGUCGGACAAAGUGGCCAGUCACCUGGCCACUUUGCCCUCUGAGACGCCAUUACACAAAAACUAGCGGGGGGAAAAACCUACUACAUCUUCUACAGUUAUUAAUUUGUGGUUUUAAAGUAUAAAACUUGCUCUUUUCGCUAGGCUAUAUUAAAUAAUUAUGGCAUUACCAAGCAAUUACACAUGACCAACAGUAAUUAUCACUUACCUUACAUCAGAAAUAAUAAAAACCGUAAAACCUUAAUAAAUCAAGUAACUUUCACUGCAAACAGGCCGGGUGCUCUCAGAACACUAAUGGCGUCUAUUACAAAUGUUUCACAUCCUCGCCACCAGACUUCAGCACUCACCAGCGGAGUAACGGCCAAUGGCCACUUUGCCCGCCCUGGCCACCUUACCCUGCUCUACCCUACAUGACAUAAAAUUGAAAAUAAGGUUUUUCAUUAAAAAAAUUUUCAUUUUGCAUUUACAUUGUUUAUGUGUUAAUCUCAUUUGCAUUUCGAAUAAGUGACGUUUAUUUGCUUUAUAAAACAUUUGUACAAAAUGCUGUUUCAUUAUUGUGUGAAAAAAUAAUGAAAAAAAUCGUAAUGGUUUUCUAAGUGUCAUUAUAAUAAGGUAUUCAGAUAAAUACUUUCUUAAUAUACAAGAGGUUUUGGAGCCCUACUUUGUGAAAAAAGAAAGCAUAUUUCAAAAUUAUAGAUUAUCAAGGACAUUUUUUAGAACUAAAAUUACAAUGAGUCGUCAAAUACUUUCUUGGCAAAUACGUAUAUUUUUUAUGCUAGCAAUAAUUUUCAAUGAGAAAUUAAUUCCUUAGUUGCAAAAAUUGUUUAUAAUUAACUAUUACUCCCGUACAUUUAUAGAUGUGAAAUUAAGAUAGCAAGUCUAUGUCUGCAACAUAAGGAAGUUUUAAUGUUAAUUAAAAAACUAAACAUCAGUUGAAUAUAGUUACAAUCAAAAUGUUUUGAUAUCAAUAAGGGUUUCUAAGAUUAUAUGUUCAUACGGAUUUCAGAUUUGGCUAUUUAAAAGUUUUCAGGUAUUUUCACUGUCUGUGAGUGUCCGUAAAUUAAUUUUGGCAUUUAAAGACAUUUCUUAAAUCAUUAAUUUUCUGAGUUAAUAUGUUACUGUGUAGUUUGUGCAAACAUAUAUGUCAACAUAUAUAUCAAGUAUAUACAUAAUGAAGUAUAUACAAAAUAUACGGAGAUUAUUCUAAUGGUUUUCAUUUGUAAAUUUUAGUGAAAAUAGUUAGCCUUUUUUUAAUGCGUAAUAGAUCAACUGGCUAAGACUUAAGCUAUGGAUAAUAUUUUGUAAACAAUUUUUCCUGGAAAGACCUUAUUUAACACCAAAAUUAAUUUCAAACGAAAUCCGAGGCAUGAACUUUUGUGCAGGUUUUGAAAUGAAAUGCACUGCUUUUGCACCAUCCGGCUAAUAAAACUUGUUGGAGAAAAAAUAAUCUCGAACUGAGUUAGUACGUGGUGGUGCGGUAUACAGUAAAUUAAAGUUGAUAGCUUAUUAAUAAUUAUAUGUAUAGAUUUUCUCAUGUAUGUUUGAUUUAUAAUUAGAGUUAUAACUUUAAUAUGUGCAUUAUGGCGUUGUUUUAUCCAAAAUGUGAUGGAAAUCAAGAUGCAAUAAUGAAUCAUCUAAGGAAUUUUAAAUUUGAUGUUUGAUAGUAGCAUUUUGUUAUUUAUUAAUAACAUUAUAUUAUAAACGAAUAUAAAUUGUGUUGUUUCAAGACAUGUUAACACAUAUUUAAAAAGUAAGUUGAAUGACUUCUGUAUUUAACGAAGUAUGAAUGCUUGUAAAGACAGAUAAAUUUAUUGUGUACAGUGUUAAUUUUUUAAUGUACGCUCAGAAAAAAAUCAAUUAUUGUUGAUUGUUAUAAAAUGCCAAAAAAAAUUGCAUUACUAAACGAAAAUAAAUAGAAACAAAACUCAGACAGCUAAAUUCAGACAGAACAAUGAAUUAAUUAAAAUGAAAGUUAUAUGAAUCAAUAGAUAUUAAUGUGUUCACAAAUAGUAUUUGUUUUCUUAAAUCUUUUAUAACAAUAAACGUUGAAUGUAUGACACAGUGUGGUUUCAAUAUAUAGAAGUCUGAAGAUAUGAAAUUGUUUGACUAUUGUAUGUACGGUGUAUAAUAAGUAUUUAUAGCAUAUGAACUAUACUGAGAUUAUGUUACAUAUAUGGUGAAGAAUAUGACUAAUAUAAGUACCAAAACUAUUAGAUUGGAAACAAAUUAUUGUAAGUCUUAGAUAUUAUAACAAUAAAUAUAUAGUAUUGGUUUA